AUGGCUACGUCUUCUCCAAAGCUCUGCCGCUUCACGUUCCUCCAUCUUCCUGGCGAAAUCCGCAACACGAUUUACCGCCUCGUUCUCGUUCCAAGCGGCAAGUCAGUCCUCAUCGUUAACCACCCACGACCGCGGCCCAUUGGUUUCACGGUGCUUGAUCUCCCGCUCUUCCGCGUCUCGCACCAGAUCCGAGCUGAGGCUGCGUCUCUCCUCUGCUCUGAGAAACCCUUCGAGAUCAUCAGCAUCAGGGCCGCGAAUGUUGUCUUCGCUUGUCUGGGCCAUUCGCUGGAGAGUAUCUCGCAAUUGACGCUCGUGCGACCAACGGAGCGGAAUGGGCCUGCGGGGCAAGAAGACCUCGACAAGUUCUUGGGAUUCAUGGAGAGGGCGGAGGGGUUGAAGUAUCUUCGCCUAGAGGUGGGAAGGGUGCAUCCGCGUAACUUGUCACGGGCGGGUGGGGCAGAUGACUGGGUGUUCUUGGGCAAGGUUCGAGAAUGGGUACAGAAGAGGAGGGACAUUGAGUUCGAGUGGUGUGCGCCGAUGGUGGAGACCCGCCCAGUACUGGAGGAUACACACAAGCGAAGGAUCUUGGGACUGAGAACACUGUUCGGGAUUGAGUGUGAGGCAGAGACCAAGUCGACGCUCAGUAUGUUCUGGUAG